CCGGGGCCAGAGCGGAGUGGGCGGUGCCAUCCAGCAGGUUGUUUGGAAGUGGCCCAAACGUGUGGUCAGCUGACAGGGUUCGCUCGUGUCCAGAAGGCGCCUAACAGGAUGAGGCCAGGCGGCCACGUGGCGGAUUACAAAACGCGAGAAGAAGCCGCCUCUCCCGUCCACUGGGAUCCCGCCGAGGCACCCAGGAACUUGAACGGCACCGAUGAGGACACUUGUACACCUCCUGGACAUCGUGUAUACCACCUUGGAAAAUUAACCCGCCAUGCUUUUUAAAUUAGGACUACUCUUCUUCAUUUGGUGUCCGCUGGGCCUCCAAGCAAGCCAAGCUAAAGACAUCCAGUACCAUGGUAUCUCCGGACUCCGGGAUGUGAGGUACCGGUACUUUUUAGAAGCCUCCCGAAUGACAAAAUAUAACAGUAACAAAGUGAGAGCCAGCGAGGAUGGACAUCGCAGGAAGAGGUCGACCAUUCUCACCACUGGUGUCAAAGUGUGUCCCCAUGAGACCAUGAAAGCUGUUAUCGGCAGCCAUCGAGCAUACUACAAGCUCCGAGUUUGUCAGGAAGCCAUUUGGGAGGCCUUUCGCAUUUUCCUGGACAGGGUGCCAAACACAGAGGAGUACCAAUCUUGGGUUUACACCUGCCAACAUGAAAAUCUCUGUAUGGAUGACCUGGCUCAGAACUUCAGUAGUUCUCAGGAGCAUCUGGACAUGGUGGCCCGACGAGUGGCUGAGCAGGCUGAACUUGAAGGUGUUGUAAUGGAAACACCGGAACCGGGGGUGGAAUGUGAGUUAAAGACAAGCACCUGGACCCCCCCAGUGAUUCUAAUUCCAACAGAAGAUAAUAUGAUCACAGAAGAGCCAGACAUGAUAAAAGAGAACGACGGGGAGUACAUUGUGGAGUUUAACGCUACCAUUGUGGAGCCGUCGUACAUUGAGCUGCUGCAUGACCCCCAGGCGGCUGAUGCUGAUGACAUCACAGGAGAAAUAACCGACAAGAUGCUUCAUGCCCUUAAAAAAAUUCCAGGAUUUAAGGAAAUUCGCAUGUUGGGAUUCAACUCAGAGGAUGUGAUUCUGCAUUAUGCCGUCGUCUUUGAUGGAGACACCAAACUCAGCGAUGAACCUGAGCCUCCAGAUGGCCAGACAAAUGUGGAUGCUCCUAAACUGAGGCAUAUGAUUAUGAAAGCUUUACAAAAGGAGCCAUCGCUUCCUCUGGACAUCCAGAAUCUAACCUUUGAAGCUGUAACUACAGCCUACCCAGAUGCAGCACUCAGCAUGUACACCACUGGGAGCGGGGAUGUCAUCAAGGUCAUAGAAGAGGACACCACCCCAAUGUUCUUCUACACAGUGGCAGCAACAGAAAAGACAUUUGAACGUAUGACAAUUCAACCUCAAACACACACUUUGGCGUCUUCCAUACUGACCACCCUCCCAGAAUCCACCUCUGCACCCUCAGUCGCCGAUGAGGUGCCAGUGGCAGCAGCAGUGGAGGAUGCAUCCGGAGGUGAUUCUUCAGCAGAGAUGAGUGAUGUCAUCACGCCAGCUACAACACCAGAGGCCAUCUUAGAACAGGGACAAGAGGCAGGCGUCAAGGAUGAAAGUGCAAUAGAAGUUAACAGUGGAGAACCUGAAGGGGGAGACACGGGAGAGAAUGAUUACGUAACUUCGUCACCACCAGACCCCCAUCCUGAAAUAGUGAUCAUCGAUGAAGCUCACCUCUCUGGCACAGAAUCGCCAUUGUCGUUUCAUGAGGACGGUAUCAUAGGCAUGGAGUCAGUGUCAGACAUGCAGCCUAUACCGUCACCUGCAGACAAAGAAGAUGCCCCCAUCGAGGUUACCAAUGAAGUAACAAGUGUUGUCGCCACCAAAACCCCUAUCGACAUCUCCAGUGGAGCCAACAGCGACUCUUCCAAUGAGGUUCCCAUGGAAGUACUCAGCAAAAUCUUUAAUGAAGCUCCCAGCGAGGCCUCCAGCAAAAUUUCUAAUGAAGUCUCGAGUGAAAUUCCCAGCGAAGUCCCCACAAAGUUCUUCCGCAAAAACCCUAGUGAUGCUCCCAGUGAUGCCCCCAUGGAAGUCCCCAGUGAUGUGCCCAACAAGGUCUAUAAUGACGCUUCCAGUGAUGUCAACACCAAUGUCCCCAGUGAAGUCUCCCAGGAGGUUCACAACACAGUCUCUGUUGAAACCCCUGGUGAAUUAUUCACUGACACUCCCAGAGACGUCACCGACAAUGUGCCCAUUGAAUCCGCCAGUGAUGGCCCCGGUAUUGUCCCCGGUGCAGCCUCCAGUGAAGCAUACAGCAAAGGCCCCAGUGAGGCCCAUGUCAGGCCCCAAGUUGACAUUCCCAACAAUGUCUCAACUGAAACUGCCAGCACGACCCACGACGAAGCUCCCAAUGAGGCCCACAGUGAAACUGCCCACGCAGUGCCCAGUGAAGCCCCCAGCAUUGUCCUGACUGAAGCUCCCGGUGAGGCCAACAGUGAAGCUGCCAACGCGGUGUCCAGUGAAGCCCCCAGCAUUGCCCUCACUGAAGCCCCCAGUGAUAUCUCCAGUGAAGGCUCUGUCGAAGCCCCCAGUGAAGUUCCCAACCCAGUCCCCACAGAACCCCUCAGCAUUGUCUCCAGUGAAUUAUCCAGUGAGACCCCUGGUGAACCCUCGAGCUCAGUCCCCAGUGAAAGCGAUGCAAUCGAUUCAAGUGGAGGACCCAGCGGAGUGAUCCCAGCCUUGGCGGACCCUCCUUCAGAAAACUCCAACAUCCAGGAGGAUGUGGAGCCGAGACAGGGUGGGUCGGAAAUGCCCGAGCCUUUGGAAGAGGACAGCAGUAGUGUUAGAUACCCUUCAGAGGCUGACGAGCGGUCCACAGCCUCCCCAGCCUCAAGACAAGCCAGCACUCCAGUGAUGGCCGCGGUGCAGCAGAGCAGAGAGUUAGUGGUUUUCUUUAGCUUGAGGGUGACGAACAUGAUGUUUUCUGACGACCUGUUCAACAAGACCUCCCCAGAAUAUAAAUCACUGGAGAACACCUUUCUCGAGCUGCUUUUGCCCUACCUCGAGUCCAAUCUGACCGGAUUCAAGCAGCUAGAAAUCCUCAACUUCCGCAACGGCAGCGUGGUGGUGAACAGCAGGCUGAAGCUGGACAAGGAGGUGCCGUACAACGUGACCGAGGCCGUGCACUGCGUGCUCGAAGACUUCUGUAGCGCCGCGUCCAAGCGGCUCGACAUCGAGAUUGAUAGCCGCUCCCUGGAAAUAGAACAAGCUGACGAAGCGGACCCAUGCAAGUUCCUGGACUGUAAUGAGUUUUCACGCUGCGUGGAGAACAGUUGGAACAACGAGGCUGAGUGUCUGUGCGACCCGGGCUACAGCGCUGUGGAUGGCCUUCCGUGUCAGAGCGCAUGCGACCUCCAGCCGGACUACUGCCUCAAUGGAGGCUUAUGUGAAAUCAUUCCUGGCCAUGGAGCCACAUGCAGAUGCCCUGUAGGCAAAUACUGGCACUACCAUGGGGAGCGCUGCAGCGAACUGGUGUCGCUACCACUCGACCCGUCGUUCAUUAUCACCUGCCUCGUGGGGAGCCUCUGCCUCGUUUGCGCCAUCGUCGGCAUUCUGGUGUUCCUUAACAAGAAGUGCACGACGACGAGGAAGGCGGUGACUUUGGUGCACAGCCUUGCUCCCUAUGCCUUUGAAAAUACUUUGAGGGUCAACCCUGUGUAUGAAAAUGAUGAUGGCAUCUUAAGCCAAGUGUCCACACUGCCAUGCCCCUCCAGUUCGGCUUCAUCCGGCUCUCAACAGUCUGAGCAGGAACUGUAUGCCUCAGUUGAAAACAUACAUCUCAGUAUCGAGAUCCCCAGACAACUCUACACCACAAGAUCCGAAAAGUUAGUAUCGGAGCUGGUGGACUUCCAUCAAUGCAUCCCGCACAAUGAGACGUGGCGACUGCCAAAUGAAUACAGAACGUGUUUUCUUCUGUGGACAUCCGACAGCGAAGGCGGUGAGGCCACUGUGGUGUGAUGGCGCGGCGGUGGCGUCCGGGAGCCUCAGUUGCCAUGGCAACAAACCGAGCGAAGGAUCUAUGCUUAUCUGGAUCUAUGAUGCCCCCCUCCCCGCCCCCACCGCUCGACCAAGCCCCCGUAGAGUGUUAGGUCCUGAAUUGUUCAUAGUGAUGACUGAGUCUUGCUAGACGGAGCGAUACGGAUAUUCCAACAUGUGCGGAUUGACGUUGUUUUCAUGUGGAAUCGAAUAUUUAUUACACAUUACGUAUGGUAGGAAAAUUGCUUGUUUGGCGGUUCUUUCCUCACAGUGAGGUAUUUAUUAUUUACAAAGUGACGCACUUGGUGAUAUUUCACUUUAGAUGUUCUUUUUGUGCGCCAUUGUCAACCCAAAAAUAAGAGAAUGAAUGUAUUAGUUGAUAGCAAAAAAAAACAAAAACAAAAAAAGGCUUAGGUGUCCUAUAAGUUCUUCAAAGCUACUCUAAGUCUGAUCAUUUCUUUGACUUUUUUUGUACACAAUUUACUGUUAAAAUAAACUUUUUUUUUGUUCAUUAAGUGUAUUUAGUUUUUUUUUUUUUUUUUUGUGGCAGCUGAAAAGGUCAGAAUAUAUCUGAUCUCCAAUAAUUGACUGUGGGAUUCACCGUCCACUGAAUCAAAUAAAUGCCUUUUAUUUUUCCUUGUCAAGUAAAAAUGUUCCCACGUAUGGACACCCUGCCUCAAAUAAUCAAGAAUUU